AUGCCACAACUCAACCCCAAUCCCUGAUUUAUAAUCAUAACCUUCGCCUGAUUACUUUUCCUGAUUGUUAUUCCCCCAAAAGUAUUGGCACAUACAACUCCUAAUAAUGCUUUACCACAAAAAGUUGUAUGUUCUCGUACAGAGUCUUGAGUCUGACCAUGAUAUUAA